CUCCGUGAAGCAAGAAGUAUGAAUACCCUGACUUCUGUGGAGUCUGCAUCGCUGUAAAUGCUGUGUGGCCACUUCAGACGCCAGAUUUGUACUUUAAUUGUUACCCAGAAAUGAUUUGAUAAAAACAGCUGCAUUGAACGUUUUCGCAUAAUAAGCACUGAACAAACAGUCUCUUUCUUGGUUUACAUCAUAUCGCUCAACAUCAGUGGACAGUCACCAUGUGGAUCUCUGUGUGUCUGAUCAGCUCUUUCCUUCAUAUCACUGCAGGCUGCACUCUAUUAGUCACUAACUAUGGUAAGAUCACUGUCUACUCGGGCCAGUCUGUUCUCCUGCCCUGCUCCUGUAGUAAAACCCAGGCUAAACCUCCCAGCUUCACAUGGACUAAACUCAGAGGUCAACAGACACCUGAGAUAAUAACAACCAAGAGUGAUCUCUACAGAGGCAGAGUGGAGAUGUUUAAUAGCAACUCUCCUGGGAACCUCUCUGUCCUCCUCUCACACGUCACCGAGGACGAUCAGGGGUGGUACAGGUGCAAAAUCAGCCGUGAAAUAUACAGCGACGUCGAACUCACUGUUAAAGGCUGCACUCUGUCAGAACCUCCAUCAAGGGUGGUCAAUGGAUUCCCAGGCCAGUCUGUUCUCCUGCCCUGCUCCUGUAGUAAAACCCAGGCUAAACCUCCCAGCUUCACAUGGACUAAACUCAGAGGUCAACAGACACCUGAGAUAAUACCAACCCAGAGUGAUCUCUACAGAGGCAGAGUGGAGAUGUUUAAUAGCAACUCUCCUGGGAACCUCUCUGUCCUCCUCUCACACGUCACCGAGGACGAUCAGGGGUGGUACAGGUGCAAAAUCAGCCGUGAAAAAUACAGCGACGUCGAACUCACUGUUAAAGACAUUACAACAUUCCUAAUACCAACAACGUCACCUAAAGGGGCAGACACAGUGGGGACUUCAGAAGAAGAUCCAUCUGCUUCCCCUCAACAAUACAAUCCAAUCCAAUACACCUUACUGGCUGUUCUACCAGUCAUUCUGAUCAUCACUGGAGUGGCUUGGUACAUAUACAAGAGAAACAAAGGAAAGAAAAACACAGGAGAGAAAAGUAGUGGGAGCAAAACAGAAGGAGAGAAAAAGGAUGAUCCCUCUGUAAUGUAUGAUACGGUUCAAGAACCCAGAAACAACAACCAAGAGGAGACAACAACACCCAUCAGUGCUCCAGAGGAUCCCUCAGUGACAUACUCCACCAUCGUCUACAUGAAAGGAAAAAGGAACGCAGCAGUGAGUCUGGAGAGCGGUGGAAAAACAGAGUAUGCCACUGUCAAGACAGGCACGUUCUCCUAGAGCCACUGUACUGUAUGGCCUACUGCCAUCUCACAGCCUUUUCCUGCAGAGUGAUCUCAUAUUGGGCCCAGUAUCAAGAGGUUUGAUCUGGCACACAUGACUAUAAAUAUAUUUCACUCUCUACUAAGACAUGUUAAGUGGUUAUCACAGGAAAUCAGAUGUUAACCUACAACCAAAAUAAUAAAGUCCCAGAGAUAUAGGCAAGAUGAUUGGUGAAGCAAUAAGAUACCAUUUUAUUUUUGUGUAGCUGAGACAACCAAAGCACCUUAUAUGGCUUAAAGUUCAGCUAGUUCUCUUUUUAUAUCAUUGUUGUGCAUUUAUUUUUAAAUAUGUGAACUUUUUGAAAUAGAGACGGAUGCUUUCAUACAUGUUUGAGAAAAAGGAAAAUGUGGUUUGAUGUGUCAAAGCAAAAAACCACAGAUUUCACAAUCAGUUUUGCAAGAGGUUGCUUGGGUGGCUAUCAUCCAUCUUAAUUUUGUAAGGGGUGCGUGACUGGCUGCAGGGAAGUCAGGCGCAGGAGAGCAGAACUGGGUAAAACCCAAAGCAGUUUAAUAUGAAAAAAAAACAACUGCACCCAGAACAACAAAAUAUGGGUACAAAAUAACCCGUUGCGAACCAGUCAGAGUGCACAAACACUUUACAAUAAACAAUUUCACACACAGACAUGGGGGGAACAGAGGGUUAUAUACACGACAAGUAAUGAGGGAAUGUGAACCAGGUGUGUGGAAAAACAAGACAAAACAAAUGGAAAAUGAAAGGUGGAUCGGCGAUGGCUAGAAGACCGGUGACGUCGACCGCCGAACGCCGGCCGAACAAGGUGAGGAACCGACUUCGGCGGAAGUCGUGACAAUGUAUAUACUGUACUUCUUAUUUUUCUGCCAAGAACCUGGUACAUGCUGAGCAUUUCAUCAUUCUCGAAGUUGACAGAAAAAAUGUAAAGGAUACAAACGUUUUUAAAUGUCAGAAUUUGUCAUAGAAAACAAUCUCUACCUAAUGUCAAAAUUUUGUCACAGACAACAAUCUUUGUGAAAACAACCUCAAACUUUUGUCAAAUCCUGUUAGUUAGCUACAGUACUUCCUCUUUCGUGUAAUGGACAAAUCACACAUUGUGGUCUUCCUGAACAGGGAAAGCAGUCUGACAACGUCAUCAACUGAAGCAUACACUUUUGAAGUGCACAACUAACAGGGAAUUACAUGUUUUAGUGUGUCGUUUUCUUCGUCAUUUGACAAAGUCAGGUUUUCCAAUCAUGACUGUAAAUACACUGAACGAAAAUAUAUAUGCAACAUCUAAAGUGUUGAUCCUACAGUAUGUUUCACAAGCUGAAAUAAAAGAUCACAGAAAUGUUCCAUACGCACAAAAAGCUUAUUUCUCUUCCAGGCCCACCCAUGGCUGUACCCCUGCCCAGUCAUGUGAAAUCCAUAGAUUAGGGCCUAAUUUAUUUAUUUCAAUUGACUGAUUUCCUUAUAUGAACUGUAACUCAGUAAAAUCUUUGAAAUUGUUGCAUGUUGCAUUUAUAUUUUUGCUCAGCAUACAUAUGAGAACACAGAGAUCCGGACCUCUGUAAUUUUAUCUAAUUUGACAAAUAAAUGAAUAACGCAAAUGUA